AGGAAGAAGAUGGAAAAUUUAAGCUAAAUUUAAAAUGAGUCGCGGAAUGUUGGAUAGGAAACAAAAUUACAAAAAUUAUAGUAUUGCGGUGUUUGGGAUACAGUAUUAUUGUUUAUCGAUAACAAAUCUUCGAAUGUGAUAUUUGCAGUUAUUUUGUAAUUGGCUUCUGUUUUAUUGCUUGUCUGGCCAUUGACCGACGAAAAUCUAGUUCAGCAGGAUAUGAUUCUGGUGGUUUUAUAAAAUGAGACCUUAACCAGCCGUAUCAAAUGCAAGAGAUAGCUGACAUUGUUAAACGUAAAAUAUCCCAUGGUUUUCUAAACCCCGCUUUUAUUUCCUUUCCGAGCUGAGAAGGUGCGGAUAAUACCUUACGUUUGCUAACAGUCGUUAUCCAAGCUAGAUAGCUGUUAGCUAAUUUUAUGCGGGCAUUAUCGUUACGGUAGAAUCGUUUUCGUUCGAUACAUUGACAUUAUUUUAGCAUUAAUUUGAGACGUAAUUUAAAAUUAGCAUUGCCGCCGGAAAGAAAUGGUUCAGAAAGACAAGUCUGUGGAGCCCUCGCAACCAGACGGCGAGCCGAACGCCAACCCGGGGCCGGCUGAAGUAGCUGUUGAACCACAGGCGGCGGAUGAGGAGCCCGGUAUUGGUGUUGAGAUAAGCGGCCAUCGAAAAUUUAUCAGCGGCGUGGUGGAAGGAAUCUCUUUUUUUGUGUUUGAAAUGACAGGCUUUUAUGGGAGACCAUGGACUAUGGAACAAAGGAAAGAACUGUUCAGGAGGCAACAGAAAUGGGGGUUGAAUACAUACCUUUAUGCUCCAAAAGAUGACUACAAACACAGGAUGUUUUGGAGAGAAAUGUAUUCUGUUGAAGAAGCAGAGCAACUGAUGACUCUGAUAGGUGCUGCUAAAGAGCAUGGCAUUGAGUUCAUUUAUGCCAUAUCCCCUGGCCUGGACAUCACCUUCUCCAACCAGAAAGAAGUUUCCACACUCAAACGCAAGUUAGACCAGGUGACCCAUUUUGGUUGCCGGUCAUUUGCCUUACUUUUUGAUGAUAUUGAUCAUAACAUGUGCCCAGCGGAUAAGGAAGUGUUCAGUUCUUUUGCACAUGCACAAGUGUCUAUCACCAAUGAGAUCUUCCAGUAUUUGGGAGAGCCAGAGACAUUUUUGUUCUGUCCUACAGAGUACUGUGGAACAUUCUGUUAUCCAAACGUCGCCCAGUCUCCCUACCUGCGGACAAUCGGUGAGAAGCUCCUCCCAGGAAUUGAAGUGCUUUGGACAGGUCCCAAAGUGGUCUCCAAAGACAUAACUGUGGAGUCUAUCGAAGAGGUCUCGAAGAUCCUGAAGAGAGCCCCGGUCAUCUGGGACAACAUCCACGCCAACGACUACGACCAGAAGAGGCUUUUCCUGGGUCCAUAUAAGGGCCGGUCCACUGAACUCAUCCCACGACUGAAAGGGGUCCUCACCAACCCCAACUGCGAAUUUGAGUCCAACUUUGUGGCUAUCCACACCCUGGCCACGUGGUACAAGUCCAACAUGAACGGUGUGCGAAAAGACGUUGUCAUGACGGACGGUGAGGACAGCACCGUGUCCAUACAGAUCAAGCUGGAGAACGAGGGCAGUGACGAGGAGCUGGAGACGGACAUGCUCUACAGCCCCCAGCUGGCUCUGAAGCUCGCUCUCACCGAGUGGCUGGGAGAGUUUGGGGUUCCUCAUCAGUACAACAGCCGGCAGGUGCCUCACAGUGGAGCGAAGAGUUUGGCCAUCGACGUCCCCUCCCUGGUCUCCACAAGCCUGGGCUCUUCUACAACGGUGACCACCGUCUUCCAGCAGCCGAUCAUGAGCCAGGUGGUGGCGGAGGACCUCAGCCAGGAGGAGCCCCACCACCUGGGCAAGGAGGAGGAGGUGGAGGUGGAGGUGGAGGCGGAGAAGAAGGACACGGACGAGGAGCCAAUGGAGACUGCGGCGGAGAAGCAGGACGAGGCCGAGGCCAAGAGCGUCAACCACAUCCUGACCGAGAUCGCCAAGGCCAAGAUGGCCGAGGAGCUCAAGCCCAUGGACACGGACAAGGAGAGCAUGGCCGAGUCCAAGUCCCCGGAGAUGUCCCUCCAGGAGGACUCCGGCAGCGACGUGGCCCCCAUGCAGACCGACGAGCAGCUGGCCAAGGAGCCCUUUGUGCCCGGGCCCAACGAGAAGCCCCUGUUCAGCGCCGAGGCCGUGUCCCUGGAGGACCUGACCCUGCUGGCCGAGCUCUUCUACCUGCCCUAUGAGCACGGGCCCAAGGCCGUGCAGAUGCUCAAGGAGUUCAACUGGCUCCGGGCCAACAGCAGCAUCGUCAGCGUCAACUCCCAGGCCAAAGAGCCCGAGAAGGUGGCAGAGUGGCAGUCCAGGGCCGAGAAGUUUGAGGAGAUGUGCUGCUCCGUCAUCCAGAUGUUCACCAGGGUCUCCAACUCCGCCAACAGGACCAUUCUGUACGACCUGUAUCCCUACAUAUGGGACAUAAAGAGUAUCAUCUCUAUGGUGAAGUCUUUUGUUCAAUGGCUAGGGUGUCGUAGUCAGUCUUCAGCACAGUUCUUAAGUGGAGACCAAGAGCCUUGGGCCUUUAGGGGCGGUCUAGCGGGAGAGUUCCAGAGGUUGCUGCCGAUCGACGGGGCGAACGAUCUUUUCUACCAGCCACCCCCUUCAAUGCCGACCUCGAAAAUCUAUUCCAUCCGGCCGUAUUAUCCCAAAGACGAGCGCUCUGUGUACAGGAUCUGCAGGGAGAUGUACAGCGAGGGGCUGGAGGAAGCUCCUUUCGGCGAGCAGGAGUCCGAUCUGAUCGGAGACCGGCUGGUGGGCGGGUUCCUGAGCCUCAGCCCAGACUACGGCUUCGUGCUGGAGGAUGAGGAGGGCAUCUGCGGCUACGCCCUGGGCACCGUGGACGUCAGCCCCUUCGUGAAGAAGUGCCAGAUGAGCUGGAUCCCCAGCAUGCAGGAGAAGUACAACAAGCCCGACUCCGAGAAAGACCUGUCUGAUGCAGAGAAAAUGAUGUUGAGCUUUCAUGAGGAAGAGGAGGUCCUGCCAGAGUCCUUCCUCAGCAAUUUCCCCUCUCUGAUCAAAGUCGACAUCCACGCGAAAGUCACGGACCCCAGCGUAGCCAAGAGCAUGAUGGGAUGUCUUCUGUCGUCAUUAAAAGCCAAUGGCUCCCACGGUGCCUUCUGUGAAGUAAGGCAGAUGGACAAGCGGAUGUUGGACUUUUACAGCAAACUGGGCUGCUUCGAGGUGGCCAAGAUGGAAGGGUUCCCGAAAGAUGUGAUCAUUAUGGGACGGAGCCUGUGAAGUUAGGGGCAGGAGGGGGGGGGCUUUGAGCUCUGGGGGAGAGGUCUGUGAUCACCUUAGACAAUAUUACCACCACCCCGACCGGGUCAAUACCACCACCGACCGAGAGAAACAGCGGCGUCUCUGCCUUUUAACGUCCGCCACCCCCCGUCAGAACCGCCCGCAGAGGCCUCGACCAUUCCCUGCUGACAUCGCAGCUGUUGAAAAUCGAGGCUUUUGAAGGCUUUAGCAGGUUAGGGCAGUCUCAAGAUUGUAGCCGAGGUCUCCAGGUGGCACCCCCCGUGUUCCUGUGGCCCGCCAGGGGCCGGGGCCAGGCCCACAGGGGUCAUCUCAGUCCUGGGCGCGCGUCAGUCCCCGAGGGGCGGGGCGGCAGGAGCGUUACAUCUCGCCCUCCUGCAGCGUAACAUCUCGCCCUCCUGCAGCGUAAACGGCCGAAGGCUCGGGUUGUGCUCCGCAAAGCCUCGUUCACCUACUCCCGUUUCAUUUCCUUCUUCUCUCCCAGCCGUAUUUUCUUUCAUACUGGACAGAGCGUGCAUGUGACCCAUGCCAAAUUUCUUCCACUAUUACAAGGGGGGAUGAUGAUGACACUGGAUUGGAUAACGAGUCCUGUGUCAUUUCACUUCACGAUGUCUCCGAUCUGUAAUGGCUGUAUUACAGAUAUUGCUAUAGACUAACCGGAUGGUUGACUCAUCUUCCUUCCAGUUAUUUUUCUUAACGACCGAAUGCUUUGGUAGAGUUUCCAUGACGGUGUCUCAUGACGAGCCGUUGAAUCUGGAACGAAACCGUUAAGAAUAGUCAGCCAUUUGGUUGCCCUGCAGUAAUACAUGUUGUGAUAUAGCCACAUUGUUGAUUACAGCCUACAGUCUGUAACCUGUACACAGGGAGCUGCACCCGAGCGGCUGUAUUAAGUUCCAGAAUGAGUGGUGCUAAAACCCGCAUGCCUUGGUGUUUGUGCUGCUGAUGGAUGGAGCGUACGCUGAGCCGGAGUGCAGGGAGCGGCAGGUGGAGAGGACGGCACCGCACCCCCGGGAGCUGCUUCUGAUCCUGCGCACCCCUGUUUUUAACCCGCCGCCGUUUCAGUAGAACCCGUCCACAGCCAGGAUGGAGUCCUGGUGAAAGUAUUCUCCACUCGGUCUGUGGGCUCCUUGGUACAGGCCAACUGCCUUGUUUUGGAAGGAUAAAAUAUACCUAGUUGGAAAGUGUCUAAGGGCUCAUCCACACCAAGAACAGUAACUAUGAGGAUGUUGUUUUAAUGUUUUACUUUAACAAUAAUGACAAUAUAAUUGAAAUGACUUCCCGAGCGAUUUUUUUUCCAGCUGCAUGAAAGACAGCCAGUCAAAAUCCACCCGGAUUUACAGGGCGUCACGUGCAAAACUGCAGAUGACAUGGCCGAGAGACUGUUUACAGAACGUUAUGGUUCAGCAGUGUGGUUAAUGGUUAUGGUUGUAGGACUAGUUCUUGGUGUGGAUGGGCCUUAACAUGGGUUUCUGAGGAGGAACCACUUUAACCUUCUGGAUGGUCCACAGUAGUAAGGAGUUUGAUGAGGAAGUGAUAAUGGUUCAUUUUGGCUAUUCUUUUACCUAGAGUCUGAGCUAUUCCAGGGGUCUGCAGCCCUGGUGCUGGAGAGUGACAUGCUCUUCUGAUUUUCUUUAUUUUAACAUGUUUUCAUCUUAAAAUAUGCAGCAUAUCCAGACCCUGGAAACUGAAUGAGGACAGUUAACCAAUCCGCUGCUUUCAUCGGUCAGUAACGGGCGAGUGGCUCUGCAGGACCAGGUGUGCAGAUUCCCAGGCCAGACACAAACAGGAACUGCUCAACCUCUCAUUCCAGUGUGAUGAUUCUGAUACACCACACCACAUGCAUCCUACGUUAAACAGAAUGAUUUAAUCUUCCCCACAAAGUGCUUUUAACAUUUUGCAGUUGUGUGUAAUUGCCUUUUGAGAGGGGGGGAGCGUUCAGCACUGUGAGGAAAGGCCUGGGAAGUGCUGAGGAGCAGUCUGAGGGUGGCUCACCACACUGCGUUUGCCUGGAGUUACGGACUGCUGCUUCAGUACACGACUGGCUGUGACGCGAAGCUUUAGCGGGCUCGGACCCUGCUGCACAACGUGUUGAGAAGUCCUUAUUAAAAUUAUGUCUUAGUCCAUUGCCAUUCCAGUGUGGGGGUCAGAGAAAGCAGAUUGUAAUUAUGAUGAACACACCAGUACCUUUAUCAUAAGCUACUGAACAGGAGGGUGCAGACUGUGGGAUGAGUGUAGAAGUUUCUGAAUAUUACCCUUUUCUUUCUUUUUUCUUUUCAAUCUAACAUACUGGUGAGACCUGGUUCUUGAUGCUUGACAUUUCAGCCUUGAUGUGUGUACAGAGGCUGUCCCCAUUGCCAAAGGGGUGAAGGAAAGGAUUACACUUAAGGCCGUUACAUUUACACGUUUAAUUGUUAGAGGUAUUGGUAGGCCUUUUUUGUAUCAUGUAUUUUAUACUGUUUUUUUUAUGUAGAUGUAACUUGAAGGUCUAGAAAAAGCACUUUGACCAUAGCACAUUCAAGUACGGCUUGUCUGUAUUGUAGAAUUGCCUGACAAUUUAAUGUUGAUAUUGCAUUCAUGGGUGUUAUGCAUGGUGCAUAAUAGAUGGAAAGAUUUGUAACAUUAUGUCCAUACCGUUUGCCAUUCGGUAGGUAUCUAUGGUAGGCUAUACAGCUGUGUGGAAUUCAACAGCAGUGGGAGAAUGCUGUCCGCAUUAGGGAUAACUCCCUUCUGUCUUGUACUCAGUCUCAGAUUACAACUGUGCUGACAAGAUUUUAAGCCUUGUGUUUUUAGGUGUUUUGUUUCAUAACCAAUGUUCUUUUACCUCAAUAUAUAUUUUAGUCUUCCUCAUGGUUUUUUUUUUUCCCCCCCCCUCUCAGUGAGCACAAAAAAAAGAAAAAGAAAAAAAAAGUAAAGUUCAUGAAGAUGUACUCUAAGUGAAGACGCUUGGUUUACUCUGCCUUUCCUGCCGCUUCUGCUCUUGUCCCAUGGCCCUCUGUUGUUUCCCCACGAGUGGAUUUAGCUGAAGCCCUUUGCAUCAGAGCUUGUUGCCUUGACUACUGUGGACCGAGGAUAUGAUGAAGUUCUGUUACACCGGUUUGCUUUCACCGGACGGAGUCGGCACCUGUAGACAUAAUUUAUUCAUUCAUGUUGUCGUUACUGUUUGGAAGAUUUGGCAGUUCUCAGUUUCAUCACGUCGUGUUGUUUUCCCUCCUUAGAGAAGCCCCCUUUCUCCUGUCCCUGCUUUCAGGCCCACUUCAGAACGCAGCGCGGCUUCUGAUGCGGAUAGUUCAAUGAGUACCAAAUGGAGGCAUUUCAGUAUACCAGGAUGUUAAAAGGACAUGUAGCUGUAAUUUCUGUAAGAUUUGUAUGUAAUUAAGAUGGUUAAUAAUAAAGUGUGUUUAAUCAAG